AUGGGCAAGACCGUGGGACUUGGCACUGGUGCGAUGGAGGUUGUGCGGAAGAUGAACUUCUAUGAUGGCCAAAUUGGUGCCAAGAAGACCGUCUUCGAGGACGCAUGGGCUGAACUGAACGAGGCACCCCCCACGAAGAGGGCCAAGAAGAGAACUAGGUAG